AUGGCGCGUUCAUCUCCUAUGGAAUCCAAAAAUUUCAGAGAGGAGUCGAAACCACCCGAGUUCUCUCGUGAAUCUACGGGACACAUCAAGGAUGAGGCCUACACAACUGUCCAUAGUCUGAAGUUGAGUCGUACCCACGUGGACUGGCACAGUGUGGACGAGGUCUACCUCUACAGCAAUACCACCACCUCCAAGAUCGCCCGCACCGUCACCCAGAAACUGGGCUUCUCCAAAGCCUCCAGCAGUGGUACGCGGCUCCACCGAGGCUACGUGGAGGAGGCCUCACUGAAGGACAAGCCACCCCAGACCACACACAUUGUCUUCGUGGUCCACGACAUUGGAUAGAAGAUGGACAUGGGACGCAUCAUCAAGAACACUGGCAUGUGAGUGCACGCGUUAAGGAAGAUGGAGGAGAAGCACUUUUCAGAGCACACAGAGAAGUAUGUGAACUUCCUGCCUGUGGAGUGGCGCUCCAAACUGGCACUGGAUGGGGAUACGGUGGACUCCAUCACACCAGACAAGGUGCGAGGACUGAGAGACCUGCUCAACAGCAGUGCCAUGAACAUUAUGUACUACACCAGUCCCUUGUACAGGGACAAGAUCACCAGGGGCCUGACGUCAGAGCUGAACCGAAUCUACACCCUGUUCUGCUCCAGGAACCCUGAGUUUGAGGAGAAGAGGGGCAAGGUGUCCACCGUGUCGCACUCCCUGGGCUGCGUGAUCACCUUUGACAUCAUGACAGGCUGGUACCUGGUGAGGUUCUGUUUGCAGGAGCACCAGGAGCUGGAGGAGGAGCUGGACCUGAGAUGUGUCUCCUACGAGGAGAGACGCCUGCUGGAGCAGCUGUAGCUCACUAGGAACCGGUUACUAGAGCUGGAAGAUCAUCCGCUAGCACCACCUGCUCUGAAAUUUAAGGUACACUAAUCCUUCUGUAUGGGCUCUCCCCUGGUGGUGUUCCUGGCCCUGAGAGGGAUUAGACCAGCGAACAGUGGAGAACAGGACCACAUUCUACCUCGCUGCAUCUGCCAGAGGCUCUUCAACGUCUUCCACCCCACAGACCCUGUGGCUUACAGACUGGAGCCCCUCAUCCUUAAACCUUACAGCAACAUUGGACCUGCACAGAUACACUGGUAAGAGAUCAGUAGACCCCCGCCAUACGAUGAGAUCCGGCCAACCUUCAUCAAUCCACAGAAGGACCCGACGUCAGACACAGAGAGCAUCCCCAGCCCCUCCACUUCCCCUGUCCUAGCCAGGAAAUACUACGGAGAGUCUAUCGCCAGCAUGGGCAAGGCCAGCAUUCUGGGGACGUCUGUCAGAGCGGCCAGUAUAGGUAACAGUAUAUGGAAGGGGAUAGGAGGGAUACUGUUCUCCCGGUUCUCCCGCUCCGCGCCCUCCGGAGUGUCCUUUGGCAUCGAGGGCGGGACCCCAGAGGGAGAGGAGCCUAAGAGGACAGUCGACGGCCAAUCAGCUUACUGCCUUUUGUCCACCUUGUCCCUGUCUCCCUCCACCCUCACAGACCCCUCAGUGGAAAUAGAGCGCCACAUCGAUUUUGAACUCCGUGAGGGCCUUGUGGAGAGCCGCCAUUGGUCAGCGAUGACCUCACAUACAGCCUAUUGGGUCUCACACGAUAUUGCGCUCUUCCUACUGGCGUUCAUAUACAAGCAGGCCAACGUGCCGCCACCCACAGAAGACAGUCCUGACCCAGAGUAAACACACCAGAGAGAGACUCCAUGUCCACACUCACACAACACAGCAUCUUUAUCACCCUCUGUUACUCCAUUCUCUCUCUGUUUUUAUACUGACACAUCUCUACUAACACACAGACUUUGUACUGUUUAGCAUGGGAUGGAUACACACUCACCCAAGGGUGACACAUUGGAUUAUGCCCCCCGAAGGAUCCUUAUAUCCCCCAUGCUCUAUGAAGCAUGGGGGAUGGUAGGAUCCUCUAUGUAUCCUCCCAGCCAGUCCAGCCGCCAACGAGUAUGUCAGAGAUUCCAUUGCACACUAUCGAAGGGGUGUCCUCUUCCUCGAAGAUCACUGUCUCUGUCUGAAACUGCUGCCCUCCUGGAUGUACCCAUCUCCAACUCCCCCCAUGUGUAGCAGCCAUGGUUCAGCCCAACCCAAAUAUUUUCUCUCCUCCACAGACCUUGGAGGAGAGGAUGUACAAGUCAGCUUGGCCCCCUCAGUAAACUCCCUCAUCCUCACUGGUCUGUCUCUUCUUACGCUAUGCUUCUAUCUACAAGGACCUGGGCUGAAUACUGGGACCCUUAGUCUCAACCUACAAUAUGUCACUGUCUGAGCAAACUCAAUGCAACUUUCAAAGUGGUCUAAACUUUAUUUAUAUCUUAAAAUGUUAAUAAAUUACCCUAAGAAAAUAA